AUGGAUACGUCUGAUCUAAACUUACCAUCUUAUAAAUAUCAAUUAGAACAAGUCGAAUUAGCGUUGAAAGCACAGCCGGAUGAUUCAGAAUUACUUCGAUUGAAACAAGAUCUCGAGGAAGUUAUUAAUUUAACGGCAGAACUUUUGGGUUGCGACCCGUCAUUAAAUUUAGAAGACUCGUCGAAUAUUGAUGCAUAUUCAACAUCAGCAGCAUCAUUAUUACAACAACCAUCAACAACUAAUUCAUUAACUUCAUCAGCUAGAUUACCGAUUAAAUGGAAGACGGGAGAUCGUUGUUUGGCUGCAUGGAAUGAAGAUGGAAAAUAUUAUGAGUGUACAAUUGAUGAUGUGUUGGAUGAUGGAACAUGCACAAUUGUUUACGAUGGAUUUGGCACAGCUGAAGUGACUGUCGUAUCAAAAUUAAAACCGUUUGAUCGUACACGUACGACAAUGAGUGGCCCAAAAUCAUCUGCUCAUAUAUUAAAAACGAAACGAGAACUUGAAACAAGAUUACGCGAAUUAAAACGUAAAAAACAACAGAAAAAACUUCAAAAGUUCAAAGAAUUAGAAGAAGAGCGAGAAAAAGAUAAAAAGCGUUGGGUUGAUUUCAAUCAUAAGUUAACUGGAAGGACGUGGAAAGGUGUUGUAUCGAAAUCAAUGGUUAAAAAGAGCGAACCAGCCAAAGUAAAUGUCAGUGGUGUGACCGGUAGUUUUAUGACAAAUCCAUCACCAUUUCUAGUCAAUCGCUCUCAUCAACAGCAACGUGCUCUGUCAACGCAAACAACAAAAUGUUUACAACAAUAUCGUUUAUCUCCUGCUCAACAACAAAUCAGAUUUGCAUCAUCUGGUAGUUUACCAACUCAUACAAAAUUAACACUUCCAGCUUUAUCGCCCACAAUGGAAACAGGAACAAUAAGAUCUUGGUCAAAACAAGAAGGCGACAAAAUCGUAGAAGGCGAUCUGAUAGGUGAAAUAGAAACCGAUAAAACAACUCUUGGAUUUGAAGUUGGAGAGGAAGGUUAUCUUGCUAAAAUACUACUGCCUGCUGGAAGUAAGGAUGUCCCGGUUGGAACAGUUUGUGCAAUUGUAGUGGAAAAACAAGAAGAUGUAGCGGCAUUUAAAGAUUACAAAGAUGACGGAGGAAAAACAGCAACAUCGUCCACUAGUGAAGAUAGUAGCAAAAAAAAAGAAGCAAAAGCUCCAGAGAAAAAGAAGGAGACGCCAAAGAAAGAAGAUCAGAAAGAGCAAGAAAAAUCACCAUCAGACAAGAAAGCAGCUAAAUCAGGAGAAACUGAGACAAAACAACAGCAAACGAAAAAAGAUGAUAAAGAUCAUGUAUUCAUAUCACCAUUCGCAAAAAAAUUAGCAAAUGAAAAAGGAAUUGAUAUUCAAUCGAUUCAAGGUAGCGGACCGAAUGGCCGAAUUGUUGCAGAAGAUGUUGAAAAAUUUAUCAAAGAAGGCGGUACCAAACAACAACAAGCUAAACCAGCAACAACAGCCAAAGGUCAACAAUCAGCAGCAAAAGAAAAGAAAGAUAAAACGGCGGCGACUGCUGGUGGCUACGAUGAGACUGCAAUUUCUGAGAUACGAGCUGCAACAGCAAAACGUGUGACACAAUCGAAAACAACCAUACCGCAUUAUUAUUUAACAAUUGAAAUCGAAAUGGAUCAAAUAAUUAAAUUGCGUCAAACAUUGAACGAUAUGUUACAAUCAAAAGACAAAAAAGCUAAAGGAAUAACAAUUAAUGAUUUUAUCAUAAAAGCAGCUGCAUUAGCCUGCAAAAAAGUACCAGAAACAAAUAGUGUAUGGAUGGACAAAACGAUUAGACAAUACGAAACAGUUGAUAUCAAUGUGGCUAUAGCGACAGAUGCUGGAUUAAUGACCCCGAUUAUUUAUAAUGCUGAUCAAAAAGGUUUGUCUCAAAUAAGCAGUGACAUAGCACAACUAAGCGAAAAAGCGAGUAGUGGCAAAUUAUCUGCAGAUGAGUUGGAAAGUGGUACAUUCACUAUAGCAAAUCUUGGAAUGUAUGGCAUAAACAAUUUUAGUGCUGUUAUUUAUCCACAACAAUCAUGUAUUCUGGCAAUCGGUGGCGCUGAAACAAGGCUUGUACCAGAUCAAAAGAACGAAAAAGGAUAUCGUUCAUCAACCGUAGUAAACAUAACAUUAUCUUGCGAUCAUCGAGUCGUUGAUGGUGCAGUGGGAGCUCACUGGUUACAAGAAUUUAAAUCAUUCUUAGAAAAUCCGGGCUCCAUGAUACUUUAG